AUGGCAAGAAAGAAGUUGAAAGAUUUCACGAGUUUGGAGCUUAUGCUCAGUGUUCUUCUGCUUAUGGUGUUUAUCAUCACUAUUCCUCUGUUUGUGCUUUCAGCUAAAGAUUCUUUGGAAUCACAAGAGCUGUCUGAUGGUCAUUUUAUGUUUGUUUUUGGGAUUAUCCCAGAUCCUGGAGCAACAGUUACCCCAGAUCCUGGGACAACAAGUACCACCCCUGAUCCUGCUACGUGCCCAGUAGUAAGUGAAGUGGAACGGAUAAAUUGCAUCCCUGACCAGCCACCAACAAAGGCCACAUGUGAUCAGCGUGGGUGCUGCUGGAGACCUCAGGGGACCAUAAGUGUGCCCUGGUGCUACUAUUCUAAAAGUCAUGGUUAUCAAAUGGAGGGUGACCUUGUCAAAACAAAUGCAGGAUUCACAGCCCAGUUGAAAAGGUUGCCUUCUCCAUCCUUAUUUGGAAAUGAUGUCAACAAUGUCCUACUCACAGCAGAAUACCAGACGUCCAAUCGUUUCCACUUUAAGCUAACUGACCAGAGCAAGGACAGGUACAAAGUACCUCAUGAACAUGUGCAACCCUUCAAAGGAGAUGCUGCUUCUCCCUUGACCUAUGAAGUUAUGGUCUCCGAACAGCCAUUUAGCAUCAAAGUGAUCAGAAGAAGUAAUAAUCGUGUUCUGUUGGACUCAGGCAUCGGACCCCUCCUGUUUGCCGAUCAGUUCCUGCAGCUCUCCACCCGACUGCCCAGUGCUAACGUGUACGGUCUGGGAGAACAGGUGCAUCAACAGUACCGGCAUGAUUUGAAUUGGAAGACCUGGUCCAUGUUUGCCAGGGACACAGCCCCCAAUGGGGAUGGAACUAACUUGUAUGGUACACAGACAUUCUUCCUGUGUCUUGAAGAUGCUAGUGGAUUGUCCUUUGGAGUGUUUCUGAUGAACAGCAAUGCCAUGGAGGUUGCCUUCCAGCCCACCCCAGCUGUCACUUACCGCACCAUCGGGGGCAUUCUCGACUUCUAUGUGUUUUUGGGAAACACUCCAGAGCAAGUUGUUCAAGAGUAUCUAGAGCUCAUUGGACGGCCAGCCCUUCCCUCAUACUGGGCACUUGGAUUUCAUCUCAGUCGUUAUGAUUAUGGAACACUAGAUAGCAUGAAGGAAGUUGUGGAGAGAAACCGUGCAGCAGGGCUCCCUUAUGAUGUUCAGCAUGCUGAUAUUGAUUAUAUGGAUAAGAGGAAGGACUUCACUUAUGAUCCAGUCAAUUUUAAAGGUUUCCCUGAGUUUGUUAAGGAGUUACACAAUAACAGUCAGAAAUUGGUCAUCAUUGUGGAUCCAGCCAUCUCCAACAACUCUUCACCCAGCAAUCCCUAUGGCCCGUAUGACAGGGGUUCGGGCAUGAAGAUAUGGGUGAAUGCUUCAGAUGGGGUGACUCCACUCAUUGGGGAGGUCUGGCCUGGAAAAACUGUAUUUCCUGAUUAUACCAAUCCCGAUUGUGCUGUUUGGUGGGCAAAGGAAUUUGAGCUUUUCCACAACCAAGUAGAAUUUGAUGGAAUCUGGAUUGAUAUGAAUGAAGUCUCCAACUUCGUUGAUGGUUCCAUUUCAGGAUGUUCCAUGAGCAAUCUGAAUUAUCCCCCAUUCACUCCUAGAAUCCUGGAUGGGUACCUGUUCUCCAAGAGUCUCUGCAUGGACGCAGUCCAGCACUGGGGCAGGCAGUAUGACGUCCACAAUCUGUACGGCUACUCCAUGGCAAUGGCCACAGCAGAAGCCAUCAAGACUGUGUCCCCUAAUAAGAGAAGCUUCAUUAUAACCCGUUCUACAUUUGCGGGAUCUGGCAAGUUUGCAGCCCACUGGUUAGGAGACAACGCAGCCACCUGGAAUGAUCUUCGGUGGUCUAUCCCUGGUGUGCUGGAAUUCAACCUUUUUGGUAUCCCAAUGGUGGGUGCUGACAUAUGUGGCUUUGCACUGGAUGCCCCCGAGGAGCUCUGUAGGCGGUGGAUGCAGCUGGGGGCAUUUUAUCCAUUCUCCAGGAAUCACAAUGGCCAAGGCUACAAGGCCCAGGAUCCUGCCUCCUUUGGAGCUGACUCUCUGCUGUUGAACUCCUCCAGGCACUACCUUACCAUCCGCUACACCCUAUUACCCUACCUCUACACCCUCUUCUACCGCGCCCACAGCCGGGGGGACACAGUGGCCAGGCCCCUUCUGCAUGAGUUCUAUGGGGACAGCAGUACGUGGGAUGUGCACCAACAGUUUUUAUGGGGCCCCGGCCUCCUCAUCACUCCGGUUCUGGAUGAGGGUGCAGAGAAAGUGAUGGCGUAUAUGCCCGAUGCCGUCUGGUACGAUUACGAGACUGGGGCCCAAGUGAGAUGGCGGAAGCAAAGGGUGGAGAUGGAACUUCCUGGAGACAAAAUCGGACUUCACCUUCGCGGAGGCCACAUCUUCCCCACACAACAGCCGGCCACCACCACAGCGGCCAGCCGCCGGAACCCUCUUGGUCUUAUCAUUGCCCUAGAUGAUAACAAAGAAGCAAAAGGCGAACUUUUCUGGGAUGAUGGGGAAACUAAAGAUACUGUGGCCAAUCAAGUUUAUCUCUUUUGUGAGUUUUCUGCCACCCAAAACUACUUGGAUGUGAAGAUUUUGCAGUCAACUUACAAAGACCCCAAUAAUUUAGUAUUUAAAGAGAUUAAACUUCUUGGGACCCAGGAACCUACCAAUGUUACUGUGAAACACAACGGUGUCCCAAGUCAAAUUUCUCCUAAAGUCACUUAUGAUUCUAACCUACAGGUUGCUCUUAUUACGGGAAUUGAUCUUAUCCUGGGAGAAGCAUACACGGUGGAGUGGGACCUGAAGAUAAGGGAUGCAGAAAAAAUAGACUGUUUCCCUGACGAGAGCGGUGCUUCUGCAGAAAACUGUACGGCCCGUGGCUGUGCCUGGGAGGUGCCCACUUCCCCUGGAGUCCCAUUUUGUUAUUUCGUCAAUGAUCUGUACUCUGUCGACAAUGUUCAGUACGACUCACAGGGAGCCACUGCGACCAUCUCCUUAAAGUCUUCUGUCUAUGCCUCUGCUCUGCCCUCCGUACCCGUGACCUCCCUCCGUCUGCGUGUGACCCACCAUAAGAAUGACAUGCUGCAGUUUAAGAUUUAUGAUCCCAACAAUAAUCGGUAUGAAGUCCCAAUCCCUCUCAACAUACCCACGGUUCCAUCCAGCACCUCUGAGAGCCAGCUCUACGAUGUCCUCAUUAAGAAGAAUCCAUUUGGGAUUGAAAUUCGCCGGAAGAGUACAGGCACUGUGAUUUGGGACUCUCAGCUCCUUGGCUUUACCUUCAAUGACAUGUUCAUCCGCAUCUCCACUCGCCUUCCCUCCCAGUACAUCUAUGGCUUUGGGGAAACUGAGCACACAGCCUUUCGGAGAGACUUGAACUGGCACACAUGGGGGAUGUUUUCCAGAGACCAGCCCCCGGGGUAUAAGAAGAAUUCCUACGGAGUCCACCCCUACUACAUGGCACUGGAGGAGGAUGGCAGUGCCCAUGGGGUGCUCCUGCUAAACAGCAAUGCCAUGGAUGUGACAUUCCAGCCCCUGCCUGCCUUGACAUAUCGCACCAUAGGAGGAAUUCUGGACUUUUAUGUGUUCUUGGGGCCAACUCCGGAGCUUGUCACUCAGCAGUAUACUGAGCUGAUUGGUCGGCCAGUGAUGGUUCCUUACUGGUCCUUGGGGUUUCAGCUGUGUCGCUAUGGAUACCAGAACGACUCCGAGAUUGCCAGCUUGUACGAUGAGAUGGUGGCUGCCCAGAUCCCUUAUGAUGUGCAGUACUCGGAUAUCGACUACAUGGAGCGGCAGCUGGACUUCACCCUCAGCCCCAAGUUCAUGGGAUUUCCAGCUCUGAUUAAUCGCAUGAAGGCUGAUGGGAUGCGGGUCAUCCUCAUUCUGGACCCGGCUAUUUCUGGUAACGAGACACAGCCCUAUCCUGCAUUCACUAGGGGUGUGGAGGAUGAUGUCUUCAUCAAGACUCCAAAUGGCGGAGACAUUGUCUGGGGAAAGGUGUGGCCUGAUUUCCCUGAUGUCAUUAUAGACGAGUCUCUAGACUGGGAGACUCAAGUGAAGCUAUACCGAGCUUAUGUGGCCUUUCCCGACUUUUUCCGUAACUCAACUACCACGUGGUGGAAGAGGGAGUUGCAAGAACUCUACACCAAUCCACAGAAUCCAGAGAGGAGCUUGAAAUUUGACGGCAUGUGGAUUGAUAUGAAUGAGCCAGCGAGCUUUGUGAAUGGAGCAGUUCCUCCAGGCUGCAAGGAUGCCACUCUGAACCACCCUCCCUAUAUGCCAUAUUUGGAGUCCAGGGACAGGGGCCUGAGCAGCAAGACCCUCUGCAUGGAGAGUGAGCAGGUCCUGCCAGAUGGCUCGCGGGUACGGCACUAUGACGUUCACAGCCUGUACGGAUGGGCCCAGACCAGACCCACCUAUGAAGCUGUGCAGGAGGUGACGGGACAGAGAGGCAUUGUCAUCACCCGCUCCACGUUCCCCUCUUCUGGCCGCUGGGGAGGUCACUGGCUGGGCGACAACACAGCUGCCUGGGACCAGCUGAAGAAGUCUAUCAUUGGCAUGAUGGAGUUCAGCCUCUUUGGCAUAUCUUAUACAGGAGCAGAUAUUUGUGGGUUCUUUCAAGAUGCUGAAUAUGAGAUGUGUGUUCGCUGGAUGCAACUGGGGGCCUUUUACCCCUUUUCGAGGAACCACAACACCAUUGGGACCAGGAGACAAGACCCUGUAUCCUGGGAUGCUGCGUUUGUGGAUAUCUCCAGAAGUGUGCUGCUGACCAGAUACACCCUGUUGCCGUAUCUCUACACCCUGAUGCACAUGGCCCACACGGAGGGCAGCACUGUCGUGCGGCCUCUUUUCCACGAGUUUGUGUCAGACCGGGUGACCUGGGAUGUAGACAGCCAGUUUCUGCUGGGCCCAGCCUUCCUGGUCAGCCCUGUCCUGGAGCCUAAUGCCAGCAAUGUCACUGCGUAUUUCCCUAGAGCCCGCUGGUAUGAUUACUACACGGGUGUGGACAUUGGAGCAAGGGGAGAGUGGAGGUCCUUGGCAGCCCCUCUUAACCACAUUAAUCUUCAUGUCCGUGGGGGCUACAUCCUGCCCUGGCAAGAGCCCGCACAGAACACCCACUUAAGCCGUCAGAAAUUCAUAGGCUUCAAGGUUGCCUUGGAUGAUGAGGGAACUGCUAAUGGCUGGCUCUUCUGGGAUGAUGGGGAAAGUAUUGAUACUUAUGGAAAAGGACUCUAUUACCUGGCCAACUUUUCUGCCAACCAGAAUAUGAUGCAGAAUCAUAUAAUUUUCAACAAAUACAUCACUGAUUCAAACCCAUUGAAACUGGGCUACGUUGAGAUCUGGGGAGUGGGCAGUGUUCCCAUUUCCAGUGUCAGCCUCUCUGUGAGCAGCAUGGUGAUAACGCCAAACUACACUAACGACCCUGUGACACAGGUGUUAAGCAUUGACGUGACCAGCAGAGACAUCAGCCUCCAUAAUUUCAUUUCACUGACGUGGAGAAGCACUCUGUGAAUUUUUAGAGCAAGAUCUUAAUUACAAACAGCUUUGGAACUACUUCUAUCUUAUGCUUAUAAAAUUAUUGUGU